ACCGACAAGUACCAGCAAGUGAUCUCUUGCUCGCACCCGUUCUCCCAGAAACGCCUCUACGAGGAGUCCAAGCAACAAAGCAGCCAUUUUUCGGCCAUCUGCCGAUUGCCGAUUGCCGAUUGCCGAUUGCCGAUUGCCGAUUGCCGAUUGCCAUCAUUCAACUUCCGUCCACCUCCAUCCGCACACACGCCCUCACCCAUGUCAGUGAGCGUCGCUCAGCAGCAGCAGCAGCAAUUUCCACCCCCGGAGGCCGUCCAGAAGGCGUCAAAGGCAUGUCGACACAUUCUUCUCACGCUCUCGGCCUUUGCCGCUCAAGACGACGCCUCGCGUCUCGCUCUGGAGACGAAGGUCCUGGUCCAGACCCUUGGGCCCUAUCUGAAUGCCGCACUCCUCGUUGAGCUCCAAGCCGUGUUGGGCCGGCUCGCCGGUCCAGGAGACGACGGCCACGAAGCCGAGCCGCAUCACUGUCGCGAAGCCCUCGAGCUGGUCGAGAGCCUCCUCGAUGAGAUGGUGGCCAGCACCGGCGCUCUACCGGAAGCACAGGUCAAUGCUGGAGUGACCGUCUUUCUUUCACAUCUCGGGCUCACCUACAGACUCGUGAAUGUCGAUCUACCUGGCACUGAGGAGGCGAUCAAGUCGGAGCUUUGGCGGCUGUUCCGACAGAGGUUUGCCCAUGCCCCGCACUUUGACCCAUGCGCAUGCAUCCUCCAAGUCUUUGAUCCGCAGCAUGCCGAGUUUUACAUCCCGGACGACUGGACCAGAGCACUCGAGUAUCCAGCGACUCUCAAGUUCCAGGUUCUAGCACCUCCACACGAUAGAGGCCCGAAUGGAGCAAUCAGCAGCGAUUCAUUGGAUUGCAAGAACUCGCCCUCGACCCUUCACCAACGCAUCCCACGGCACAUCGCAAAUGCGUCUUCGCAUGAGCCUGGUUCCUCAGAGACCGAGGCACUAAUUGCAAAACUCGCUGAUCUAGUCCGCAUCGAGCUUGCCAAGCGAUCGCCAGAAGGACCUGCCGCCAGCCAAACAGCCGACGGAGCGAUUGCGCCAGCAGCACCAGCAUCAGCACCAGCACCAGCACCAGCAGCAACAUCAGUAACAGCGGCGACCGAGUUGUCUCAGAGCAAUCCACAUCCCAACAGGAUCCGUGUCGAACGCAGCCAGACCGAGCUCAAAGCCCUCCAGAGUGAAAUUGCCGAUCGGCUCGGAAUGCUGAAGCAGCAGAUUCUGCGACUCACAGCGGGCGGUGCGAUCGAUUUCGGCCCCAUCCGAGAUCUCCAGCAAAUCCUCGAAGAUCUCGGAAGCGAUACGAGCGAGUACCGCCAGCUGCUGGAUCGCUGCCGCAGCGAAUGGAAGCGCAUCUGGGAGUAUGAGCUGAGCGAGAUUGUGCGCGAGCAGAACCUGAUCAAGUCUCAAGAUCAGAUGCUCCAGCAGUGGAUCGGCGAGCAAGUAACCCUCGAAGGAGAGAUCCACAGUGCCGUCUCGAGGAUGCGGGCCGAUCCACCAAAGUGCGCAACGUCAGUGGCCCUGCCCAUUGUCACCUGCGAUCAGGUCAAGAGCGCACAGGCCGAGAUGCUACAGGAGCUAUCGCUGCGGGUCAGUCCCAUGGACUCGGCCCGCAGAGUCGAGGCAGCUCAAAGAUUCAGCGACCACCGAAGCAUCCAGAGACUGUGCCGCAUCGAGUACGAGAACGAGUUCAAGAUGGAACUACGAUCGGUGGUUCGGGAAAAGUGUACAAGAUGGAUGCGGGGUCUUCAGAGUGUGGAUGAAGACCGGCAGCGCAAAGACCUGAGCUUGCUCAAGGAAACGCAGCUAUCCGUCACCGGAUCCGACGCAUCGAGAUGCUGAAGGCAAAGUCGGCGGCAUCUUGUCUGCGCAUGAUGUCUCGUAUUUUGAGGCUGCCUUCAACCAAUGAAAAGAAGCGUCGCUAAGCAUCCUGCUCCCCCAAUGAUGAUACCGACUGUGCACUCCACUGUCAUUCCGCCACUCUACUGCACUGCGGCUACAGUGUUUCUAAGCAGAGUAACGAGAUGUCCUGCCUGAGGGCUGUCAUUACUGAGUCGUAUUCAUCAAUCGGGGUCUCACUGAGAUGUAAUCUCGCCGAGCCAUCACAUCACCGCUGUUGUCACGGUCGUUGUUGCCACGGUCGCCGGGGAACAGGACUGCUCGGGGCGCUCGAGGGACCCCAUAUGGCAGGGCUGGCGAGGUACUCCCCGCUCCUGCUCCUUCGGUUGGACGGCCAAGGUGGAUGAUACGUAUGUGGUGUGCAUUCCAUUCAAAAUGAGACCAGGG